AUGUGGACAGAGCGCAUCUAUCCUCAAAGGCUUUUCCAGGUGUAUAGCGCGAGGGCCAUCGCCCCCCGAGCCGUGCCCGUGGACCUGGCCAUGCGGCUCUGCCUGAGCCACUCGCCCCCCAUCCGCAAGCUGCUGAACUCCUAUGAGGAGCUGCGGGGCAACCGGGGGCGCAAACCCCUCCGAUCCUGUCUCAACCAGAAGCUGAGCGCAGAACCUGAGCCUGAGCGGCAAGAUAGCACCAAGAGCUCCAAGGGCCAGAAGAAGAGAGUCGUGUUUGCUGACAUGAAGGGGCUCUCACUGACGGCUGUCCGCUUCUUCUCAAAGAUUGAGGAGGACCUCUGUGACUUGCAGCAUGCCCUGUCUGACCUUGCCUGCUUCCGACCUAGACUGUGGGACUCACGCCCAGAAGUGUGCAGGUAUGUGCUGGACUUCCCACAGCCCUCUGCGGACUACACCACUUUCCGCAGCCGCCUACACAGCAACCAUGUCUGCCUGGAGAACUGCCUGAUCCAGGACCGUGCCCUGUCAGGGACAGUGAAGGUCAGAAACAUCGAGUACGAGAAGAAAGUGAUGGUCCGCAUCACCUUUGAUGGCUGGAAGAGCUUCCGGGACAUCUCCUGCCAGUACAUGCAUAGCACGUACAGCUCAGCUGACACAGACACCUUCUCUUUUGAGCUUGCCCUGCCCAAGCCAUCCGUCUCCCGCAGGGCCACAGAGUUCUGCAUCUCUUUCCAGUGCGGACAGAAGACCCACUGGGACAACAACCACGGGAGGAACUACAAGAUCUGCCACGUGGGCAUGAUCCGCCCUCCCUCCCAUGCCGUGAAGAGUGCUAACAGGGCCUGGGAGCAUCUUGGCACCUCUCGGGCUGCCACCCUGGUCCUUUCUCACCUGCAGACCUGGCGGCACUCAGAGACCCGGGCUCCUUAUUGGUAGGAAAGCAGUGUGUGGCAAGGUGUAGGUCCCUUCCAUGUCCUGACUAUGGUACAAGGGUCUUUGGGGAGGGGUCAGCUGCAGAAGAUGCUGCUCACAGUUUUGUUAGCUCCUCCGUGUGUCUGGCCUGCUGUUGUACGAGCAGCUGCCGGUCUCCGUGGAAGCUUCUUCACUGCUGGCUCCUGCCACAGAGGCUGGAAGCUGCUGCUUGGUGUAACUCCUGCCCGUAGGUUCUCGAGGCAACGCUGUUGCGAGAGCAGGGGACCAGCAACAAAGGAACGGCUGUGGCUGUGUCCACGUCUGUCAGCCGCUUCAGCUGGGAGCCAGCCAUGUGAGCUGCGGGGGUCCUGGUGCUGCCCAAGUGCCUUGUGUGGAGCUGCUGGUGACGGGGCGUGCACCCCUGCGGCACCUGGGGCCUCAGCAGACCUCGCGCUCCCAGGCUGUGACAGCGCCAUGGCAGCAGCCACCAGCAGGGCCCACUGCCCUGCCAGCCUCCCGCUGCGGGCACUCCCCGAGCCACGGUCCCGAGGGGGGCUCACCGCGGGGGUGACUGAACGUGCAGGCUACCGGGCCGGGCUCUGCGGGGGACGGCAG